AUGUCCCCUUUAAAUCAGAUGAUCGCUCUCAUCAUGCAGUAUGGUGUAGUUAGUGUUGCUAUGAUGAUGUCAAUCAUGUUGGCUCCUCCUCUGAUCUUAGUUCUCAUGAUUCACGGUGUUUAUAGUGCUGAUGAUGGGUGGGGUGUGAAUUACAGCUCUUCAUUCAUCUGUGCACUAAAGGGUUCAACAGUGAUAAUAAACUGCACUUAUAAAUACCCUACUGGACAUCAGAUCAUGAAAGUGUUCUGGACCAAAGCUGUUGUUAGACCAACAAAUAAUGAUUUUUCAGAUCUGUCUGAGGACUCUGAAUACAGUCAGAGGAUUCAGUAUCUAGGAGAUAAACAUCACGACUGCACCAUGAGACUGACUGAUGUGAGACAGACAGAUUCACACAAAUACUAUUUCAGAUUCAUCACUGAUAAAAACAAAUGGAUUAAUUUAUCUGGAGUGACUCUUGAUAUCACAGAUCUUCAGGUGGAGUCUUCAGGUGAGAGAGUGACAGAGGGACAUUCAGUGACUCUUACAUGUAAAAGCAGAUGCAGUCUGACUGACAGAUCAACAUUCAUCUGGUUUAAAAACACACAGUCAUUAAGUGAGAGAACAGACAGAAACAGUCAACUCAUCCUGCAGUCAGUAAGAAGAGAGGAUGCAGGCAACUAUAGCUGUGCUGUACAGGAACACAAACUCACAUCACCUCAUCGAUAUCUCAAUGUCAUCUAUCCUCCAGAAGAGACUCAUGUGGCGGUGAAUCCAUCUGGUGAAAUAAUAGAGGGUGAUUCAGUGAAUCUGACCUGCAGCAGUGAAUCAAAUCCACCUGUUCAGAACUACAGCUGGUUUAAAUUGAAUGAAACAUCAUCUGUUGGAUCUGGACAAACGUUCAGCAUCACUAACAUUAACUCCAGACACAGUGGAUGGUUUUACUGUGAGGCUCAGAAUGAAGUCGGAUCUCGGAGAUCUGCUGCUGUAUCUGUCAAUGUUAAGGGAAAUGUGGGGAUGUUUUUCAAGAUCUUUGGUGCAGUGAUUUUGGGGGCUGCAGUUGUUAUUGUAGUGUUGAUAAUUUGGAUAAUCUGGUGGAUGAAAAAGAGAAAUAACUCAGAGUCUCAGAUUGCUGAUGGCAGCUGUGAUGAAUCCAACCUGAGUUCUCCUGUCUAUGAGAAUAUUAAAAUAAACCUGGCGUCAACUUGGCCAAGGGCAGAAAACGUGGCCGUAAUAUUAUUGGCCACCGGGCCACGGUGGAUGUCCCAGGCCAGUGAGGGGGCAAUAUCUGAGAAUGAUGUGGCCACUCAUAUCCCCAGUCUUGGCCCAUACUAUACACAGAAGUUCCUCAUCUUCUAG